AUGGCCGAAAUCUCUCAGAUUCUCACAGUCGGGAUCACGAGCUGGAAACGUGCUCGAAUCUUGCACAACUACGCCGAGGUGAGCUCGGUGCCGGAGUUCGGGAUCUACCGCGACGAGAGGCCGCUUCCAGGACGCCCAGCGGCCUUUCCUCUGUCCGACGGGGUGACCCGGCCCGACCUGCGCGCGCAGAGCUUUCCAGCCUUCCGGUUCCCCCUGUGGGCGAACGCGGAGCAGCAGAGAAGGUCGCACGAAUUUCUCAACCCGCCGUCAACGUUCCAGGCCAACCUGGACGCCGUCUCCCCUGAGUCCCAGGGUCUGUUCCUCCAGUGCAACCCCGACCAGCCGGACGAGGACGCGGGCGAGGACCCCCGGGAUCCGUACUGGACCUGGAGCCGAGAUCGCCAGCAGUGGUUCCACAUCGACAAGGAGCGCGGCGUCGUUGUCUGGUGCCCCGAAGAGUUCGACUGA